AUGCUGAACCUAGAGCCCUCACCCGUGACCGGCAGGAAAGGAAGCAUCAUCAACUACGCCUCGCUGCUCUCCUUCCAGGGCGGAUUCACCGUACCGGCAUACGCAGCUUCCAAGGGCGCCGUAGCUCAGAUCACCAAGAGCUUCGCGAACGAGUGGACCUCCAAAGGCAUUACAGUGAAUGCCAUUGCUCCUGGCUACAUUGAGACCGAGAUGAACACGGCUCUCCUGAACGACCCCAAGCGGCUGGCCAGUAUAAGCGAGCGCAUCCCCGCUGGGAGAUGGGGCACGCCGGAAGACUUCAAGGGGCCGACGGUGUUUCUGGCGAACGACAUCACUUGUUCCAUCCAUGGAUAG